AUGCAUCCUUGUGUUUUUAUAAUAUUCUCACUUCUUUUGUUAUGUCCGGAGACUACAAGUGCUAACCAAUUGGCAGCAGUGGGAGGAGGAGAUGAUGAUAAUGGUGCUGUGAACAGGUGUUUUAAGAAGGAGAAAGAUGGUCUCCUUCAUUUCAAAGGUCUCCUUCAAGACCCUUAUGAUUGCCUCUCUACGUGGACAGUUGAACAAGACAACUGCUGUGAAUGGAGUAGAGUGACGUGCAACAACCAAACAGGUGGUCAUGUCACAGAGCUUGAAGUUGUGUCCUGUGGUCUUGUAGGUGAGAUUCGCCAUGCAUUGGUUAACUUAACCUACUUGAAUUAUCUUGAUCUUUUCGGAAAUUCUUUUCAUGGAACCAUUCCCACGAUCAUUAGUUCCUUGACUCAAUUAGGGGUCCUUGACCUUUCUUUUAAUUCUCUUUAUGGAACCAUUCCUCUAGAGUUCGGAAACCUCACCAACUUGGAAUGGCUUUUCCUUUCAAAUUUUGGAAGGUGUAGAGUUGAGAACCUCGAGUGGUUGUCUAAUCUAUCUCAUUUGGAGGAACUUCACAUGGAUGGGAUUUCACUAGCCAAAACAAAUCAUUGGGUAGAUGUUAUUCUGAGUCUCCCAAAACUCUCUGUUUUAAGUUUAUCAGGAUGUGAGCUGUCACAGGUCAUGUAUCCAUAUUCUUCUUCAUUUCUCAACUCUUCUUAUUCCUCAUCUAUUGAAUACCUUUCUCUCGGAAACAACAGUCUCACCUCAUCCAUGUAUCGUUGGUUGUUCCCAUUAACCAGCAAUAGCCUUAUAUAUCUUGAUCUCUCUGGCAACAUGUUAGAUGGGAUACCCAAAUAUCUUGGUAACCUCUCUAGUUUGGGAUGGUUGUUCUUUCAUAGCAACUCUGCUGCUGUCAAAUUUCCUGAUUUUCUCAAAAACUUGUCUGGAUGCACAUCGCGGUUGUCUGCUUCAGGAAGCCAAUUUACAGGGUCAUUGCCUGAUUCCACAGUUCUUGCUCCAGCUUUUGCACUUCACCUCUUGAGCAAUAUUCCUUCAGCAUCAUCUUCUUUAAGUCCUCCCAACUUAACGAGUUAG